CCGCUUCCUCGCCGCUUCUCUCUCUCUCAAUCUUCCCGGCUCCUCUUCGGCUCUCGUAUCGUCCGCCAGGGUUUGGAUCAGCAGAGUCUCGGCUUCGGCUGCUGCGGUGAUCCUCCUUGGCCUUUCGAUCGAAGCUCGAAAUGUUUUAAUGGAGUCUAAAGGUGGGAAGAAAAAGUGUAGCAGUAGUAGCUCAUUGCAGCACGAAGCACCCCUUGGCUACACCGUCGAAGACAUCCGACCCAACGGUGGAAUCAAGAAGUUCCAGUCUGCUGCAUACUCCAACUGUGUGAGGAAGCCAUCCUGAGACCCCCUUCAGAUGCCUUCUUCGGUAGAGUAGGAUUUCUGUUGCUUUGCUCUUAAACAAUCUCAAGCUAGCUGCUUUCUAACAUCCAAACCUCCUCCCAGACCACUUUUGGUCUCCUGUUCUCUUCUUGUCGUUGCCACUCUCACUUGCUCUUGCUUGAUUCGAUGGCAAUCUCACUGCUAGACACUCCAAACCCUCCCUUGGCCUCACCAAUUGGUUUCGAGGGAUACGAGAAGCGCCUGGAGAUCACAUUCUCCGAGGCACCCAUUUUUGUGGACGCCCAUGGUUGGGGGCUGCGUGCUCUUUCACGGGCACAGAUCGAUUCCAUUCUGGAUCUGGCACGAUGCACCAUCGUGUCUCAUCUCUCGAACAAGAACUUCGAUUCAUAUGUCCUCUCCGAAUCCAGCCUCUUUGUUUAUCCCUACAAAAUAAUCCUCAAGACUUGCGGGACCACGAAGCUCCUCCUAUCCAUUCCUAGAAUUCUUGAACUUGCUGCAGAGCUUUCGCUCUCUGUUUUCUCUGUUAAAUACUCUCGUGGGACCUUUAUCUUUCCUGGUGCACAGCCGUCCCCCCACCGUAGCUUCUCCGAUGAAGUUGCUGUGCUCAAUCAGUUCUUUGGCAGCCUCGAGUCAGGUGGUGAUGCAUAUGUGAUUGGUGAUUCAGCGAACGCAGAUCGAAAAUGGCAUAUAUACUAUGCUGCCAAUAAGCCUGAGCUGCCGAUGGUCACCCUCGAGAUGUGCAUGACUAAGUUGAACACUGAACGGGCGUUAAUCUUCUUUAAGAAUUCGGUGGAAGGACAUGAGUGUCCUGCCAAGGCCAUGACGAAGCUCUCUGGUAUCUCCAAUAUUAUUCCUGAGAUGGAGAUAUGUGACUUCGACUUCGAGCCCUGUGGCUACUCCAUGAAUGGGAUUCAUGGCCCGUCGCUCUCCACCAUCCAUGUGACACCCGAGGAGGGUUUCAGCUACGCUAGUUAUGAGGCAAUGGGGUUUGAUCCUCUGACCUCGGUGCAGCAGGACUUAAUCGAGAGGGUCCUCAGGUGCUUUGACCCUUCAGAAUUCUCUUUUGCAGUCACCAUCUUCGGUGGCCGUGGACUAGCAGGCACUUGGACAGACAAGAUACUUCUUGAUGGUUACACCUGCAAAGAUAGAGUGGAACAAGAUCUCCCAGGCGGUGGCCUGUUGAUAUACCAAGCAUUUGCUGCUUCUGCUGUAACUGCAGUGUCGCCCGGACCCAAUCUACAUUACUAGGAAGGAGAAGAUGGGGAUAAAACUCUGAAAGAUGAUGCCAGAGGAUCCUGCUUGGAAGGUGAAGGGAUGGAGAGAUGAGAAGAGUUCAUGAGGAAGAUGAUGUUGUGCAGAAAGUUGGCCAAGAUUUUAGUUCUAGUAGUGUUUUAUGAGAUCCCUUUUGCCACACUUGACCAGGGGUCCUUGUGUAACUAGGAAUUCACACGAAUGUGCAGUGGCGUUCGGGACAGAGGAUGCUGGUGUCAAGCAAUAGCUCUAGGUGGCCUCCUGUGUGUGCCACGAUGACCACCAGCAGCAUUUUUUAUAGACCGAAUUCAUGCAUGAUCAGGUGCUGUUUGGACAUAAAAUUUGCAGCCUGCAUAAGUACUACCGAGUGAUCCAACCAAUAUUCUAAUAUUCUACUUGGGUGUCAAAUGGUGUCCUCGAGUUUAUGAUAAGGUCUAUAUGAAGAUUGGCACCCUAAAUAAAUGUCAUGCUUUGAAAAUGUAGAAGAGAUAGCGGCCGUGCUUGCCCAAGAUUGAUGUUUGUUAUGCUUAUUUGAUGCUUAAUUACGCUGGAAAGUGAGAUAUCACAACUGUCCGUUGAUUUUUGGCUGA